AUGUCCGGCUGUCACCGCGGCCGUGGCCGCGCCUGCUCUGCGGCCGCGCUGAUGCCGGGGCUGGACGCGCUGGGGAUGGGGCUGGACAUCACCACCAUGGAGCUGGCCUGGGGCAGGGUGCUGGACAUGGACGUGGUCAUGGUGGCCAUGGUGACCAUGGUGAUGGUCAUGGUGGCCUUGGUGGUCAUGGUGGACAUGGUGACCAUGGUGAUGGUCAUGGUGGCCUUGGUGGUCAUGGUGACCGUGGUGGGACUGGUGACCAUCGUCAUGGUCAUGGUGGUCACAGUGGACGUGGUGGACAUGAUGGACAUGGUGGGACUGGUGACCGUGGUGGGACUGGUGACCAUGGUCAUGGUCAUAGUGGUCAUGUUGGGCGUGGCCAUGGUGGGCGUGCUGGGACUGGUGACCAUGGUGAUGGUCAUGGUGGCCUUGGUGGUCAUGGUGACCAUGGUGGGACUGGACAUGGUGGUCAUGGCUCUGGUCAUGGUGGUCAUACUGGUCAUGAUGACCUUGGUGACCAUGGUGGCCAUGAUGACCAUGCUCAUGGUGGCCACGAUGGUCAUGGCGGCCAUGAUGACCAUGAUGGCACUCGGGCUGGCUCUGAUGACCACGAUGACCAUGAUGACCACCAUGAUGACCACCAUGACCACCAUGACCAUGAUGACCACAAUGACCAUGAUGGCACUCGGGCUGGCUCUGAUAACCAUGAUGACCAUGAUGACCACCAUGACCACGCUGACCACCGUGACCAAAAUGACCGCCAUGACCAUGAUGACCAUGAUGGCACUCGGGCUGGCUCGGGUGACCACAAUGACCAUGAUGACCACCAAGAUGACCACACUGACCACCAUGACCAUCAUGACCACCAUGACCACGCUGACCAUGAUGACCACGAUGACCGUGAUGACCAUGAUGACCACCAUGACCACCAUGACCACAAUGACCAUGAUGGCACUCGGGCUGGCUCUGGUGACCACCAUGACCAUGAUGACCACCACGCUGACCACGAUGACCAUGAUGACCACCAUAACCACGAUGACCAUGAUGACCACCACGCUGACCACGCUGACCACGAUGACCAUGAUGACCACCAUGAUGACCACGCUGACCACGCUGACCAUGAUGACCACCACGACCACAAUGACCAUGAUGACCACCAUAACCACGAUGACCAUGAUGACCACGCUGACCACACUGACCAUGAUGACCACCAUGCUGACCACGCUGACCAUGAUGACCACCAUGACCACGCUGACCACCACCGCUGUCUCCUGUGUCCAGACCCCCUCCACCCCAACGUCCGGCGCCGUUUACCCUCGGCCGUGUCCACCUGGCGCUCCGGCCGCCGCUGCGUCCGCCAAUCCCGGACGGCGUCGGGCGCGGCGGCGCUGGGGACGUCGCCCUCCCCCACUGUCCGGCACCCCCUGCUGCCCCGCCCACCGCGGCCUGGCCCAGCUGACCGUCCGAAUCCUGGGCGGCCGCGACUGGCGCGGCGACCCCUUGACCGCCACGGACGCCUACGUGGUGGUCAUCUACUCCGGCCACCGCCAGCGCACCUCCACGGCCUGGAACACCGACCGGCCGCGCUGGACUGACCGCUUGGACUUCGGCCACGUCCGGCUCCACCCCGGAGCCCACCUGGAGCUCCAGGUGUGGGAUGAAGACCACGGGUGGGACGAUGACCGCUUGGGGACCUGCGUCCGGCCGCUGACCGCCGGCGUCCGGCCGCUGCUGACGUGUUUCAGCGGCGGUGGACGUUUGGACUUCGGAGUGACCGUCAGGUGCGGUCCGGUUUUGGCCGGGCCGUGGUGUCACGAUUACGUUCCGGCCGCUCCCGAGGGCGGGGCCGGUGUCCAGGAGGGGUCGGAGUGGCCACCGAAGGGGCCGGAGUGGCCGGAGUUUGGAGUGGACGAUGAGGAAAGGGAGGAGGAGGAGGAGGAGUUGGAGGAGACCAAGGUUUUCCAUCGGUUCUGGGAGGUUCCGGAAGGUUCUGAGGUUCUGGGGCGUUCUGAGGAGGUUCUGGAAGGUUCUGAGGAGGUUCCAGAAGGUUCUAGGGAGGUUCCAGAAGGUUCUGAGGAGGUUCCAGAAGGUUCUGAGGAGGUUCUGGAAGGUUCUGGGGAGGUUUCAGAAGGUUCUAAGAAGAUUCUGGAAGGUUCUGGGGAGGUUUUGGAAGGUUCUGAGAAGGUUCCAGAAGGUUCUGAGAAGGUUCUGGAGCGUUCUGAGGGGGUUCUGGAAGGUUCUGGGGAGAUUCUGGAAGGUUCCAAGGAGGCUCCAGAAGGUUCUAAGGAGGUUCUGGAAGGUUCCGAGGAGGUUCCAGAAAGUUCUGAGGUUCCAGAAGGUUCUAAGAAGGUUCUAGAAGGUUCUGAGGGGGUUCUGGAAGGUUCUAAGGAGUUUCCAGAAGGUUCUAAGGAGGUUUUAGAAGGUUCUGAGAAGGUUCUGGAAGGUUCCGGGGAGGUUCCAGAAGGUUCUGAGGUUCUGGAAGGUUCCGGGGAGGUUCCGGAAGGUUCCGAGGAGUUUCCAGAAGAUCCCAAAAACCCCAAAUCCGACCCAAUUUUGGGGCCUCCAAAACCCGAAACGGGACCCCAAAAACGACCCCAAAAACCCCAGAAACGACCCCAAAAACGCUCCCAGUUUGGACCAGUCUGGACCAGUCUGGACCAGUUUGAGGAUGAUGAAGAUGAGGAAGAGCUCAGCGACGCCGAAUUUUGGAGACUUUGGGACCUGGCCCAGGACGACCCAAAAAAUCCCGAAUUUGACCCAAUUUGGGACAAUCCCGAAUCCUAAACGGGAACCCCCAGAAACGCUCCCAGUUUGGACCAGUUUGGACCAGUUUGGACC